ACUCUCUUAAAGUCCAUUGUCAAAACAACAAUCAUCAAAGGAUUUGGGGUGAAGAGGGAUUAACCUUAAUCCCCUACUUUAAAGCUAUGAGGUCACCCCCAUUAGGACCCUUACCCUUUAUUGAAAGGUGACACAGAUGGUUUAGUCAUUGGUAGCAGCAGGUUUCAUUCAUUGGUGACCAGACACAGGAUAUUCUCAAUUCUUACUCAGUAGUUGGCAAAGUCUGUCUGUGCAUACCUGUACGUUUUUGCUCCAGCACAGUUUCUUUGUUUUGGUUUGGACUCCGUGUAUAUAUAUAUUUGUACUUGUAAAGUGAGACAGGACACAGAGCCAAGGCUUGCCGUUCUUGGAUGCGCUUGUAUUAAUAAGAAUUUUGCUGUCUGGGGCAGUUCAUUGGUGAAAAAUAUAUCUCUUACAGGGAUUUUAUUCAUUUCAGAGAUUCCAAAGGUUUGAACAAUUUCCAUCUAGCGAUUGAUCUUCAGAUUUCUUCUCCAUUUGCACUCUGACAUCAUUUCCCUGAGGUUUUGAGCUGCAAUAAAAGGACAUGUUUGAAAUUGGAGUUCGUAAACGUGCUGGAAGCGUCAGCAGUGCAGCACUUGCCUCUAUGGACGUGAGAUCCAGUAUAGCACAGGAUGGAUCACGCUGGGAUAUCAUUGAAGAUCUGGAUCUUUUCUACUUUAGACAGCUUGCUGUUAGUCUUCAGGACUAUGACAUGCAACAAAAGAUUGACUUGGAGAUCAAGAUGAGAGAGGGUACACGGAAGCUCCUAGCAGCCUGCAAGAGGGAAGCACAGAGCCUUGAAGCAGCCAAAAACCUUCUCACGUCCAACGUGCGCGUCCUCUCGUACAUGUCAGAGCUCCAGCGACGUAAGACGGCUGAGUUUGCUGAUCGGGCAGCGUCUAGGAAGAUCAAGAGUGCUGGCAGUGACUCUGGUGUAGAUGCUGAAGCGGGUUGUGAUGUCAUCGAGCCUUGUAGGGCUACUGUUUGUGUCUCAGAUUUACGAAUUCCCCUCAUGUGGAGAGAUGUGGACCAUAUAAAAAACAAAGGAGAUCAUCACAGAUAUGCAGUGUUCUGCUUGCUGAAGAUAGACACCCAAAUAUAUGCUACUCAGCUGGUUUCUAAUAUAGACAGAAAAGCAACAGAUGUCAACUUCAAAGAUGUCAUUGUAUUUGACAACGUAAAGCCAGCUUUCACAUGUACCUUAGAAGUCUAUUCAUACAACCUUCACAAUGACAUGACAAUAGCCAGCACACCACAGAAGAUCAGAAGAAAGCUGAGCGCCCUCUCGACGUCUGUGGGUAGACGUGGUAGUCUAGGUCAUAGGACACAGGUCAACUCAUCCAGUGGGCCACCUGAGGAGGAGCAGUCAGAAGGUCCCCGGUACAGCUUGGUGGCCAGAGCAAGGUUGAGUUUACAGCAAGUCAGCGAUCAAGUUCAGACAUUUGAUCUUGUCACAGAGAAAGAUGAUAACACACCACAUCAGCUGCAGUUGUUUGGUAACAUCUGUUGUCGGCUUGCUGCUCAACCACUCUGUAUGGCAGAAGAGACAAUGUCAGGCUACUUAUCCAGUCAGGACGAGUUUCAGGGUAAACCUGUAUCAAACAGACUGUGGGGUAGAUUAGAAGGAUCGUGUCUAACGUGUUGGGAUGAUCCUACAGACGGCAAUCUAGGUGAACCCAUCAUGACACUACAAAUCAGAAAGACUUCUUCAGCGGUUCGUUCAACGUGUUGUACAGACCCACUGUCGUUUGUGAUCAGUGGUAGCGGCGAUGAUCCUGACAGAAAGCAUCCAUUCACAGCCGAGUCAGAAGAGGAACUAGAAAUGUGGCUGAAAGCAUUUGAACAGCAAUUAAUCAAUGUUGAAUCCUGGUCUGAAUGUUGUAAUGAAAAGAUGAAAAUCUACUCCCCAUUCCCUGGUCGAUCUGACCUGAUGCUAGCAGAGAGAAAAGGCUCCCUCUACGAUGAAUUAUCUUUAGUAUCACCAGACAGAGAAGACUACAACGACGAGAAUGUCUUCCAGGGACCUCCAUCAGAAAACCUACGCAGCAGACGGAAGAUGAGAUCACACAGCAUGGCGGUACCCAGCACGUCAUCAUCAUCGUCAUCAUCUUCCUUAUCAUCCUCACCCCUGUUUCCAUUCAAGAGGCCGGUGUUACCAGCGUCAGAGUCGUCUCCCUCAACGUCGUCUACAACUUCAUCAGCGGUAUCAUCAUCUUCAGCGCAGUCUCCGCCUCUCUUUCCUUUCCAGAAGACUGUCCUUCCAAAAGAAACCACAGUAUGAUCUUGAAAUUUGAUAACUCUUGGCUGUGUAACACAAAACUUAGCGAUUAAUCAUGUAGUAGAUGUUUAUGAUUGAUUGCACAUAAGAAUAAAUGCAAUCAUUCAUAAAAGUCUGUAGUAUAAUUAGUCCCUAAGUUUUGUGAUAUGGGGCCCUGGUCGCGACACAAAAUGUAAACUAUUUUUUUUUUCUGUGUUAAUAGACUUGUAUAUCGUGAAGUUUUUCAUGUCUUGGUUUUUACUGAUGACUGGUACAAGCUACUGAAAUCCUUCCAUCUAAUAGCACAUUUGUCAGUGAAAAUCAGUGAAAUGACACAUUCCCUGUUCAUAAUAUUUCCAUUAAGUUUGUGGCAUCAUCUUUUUAUAAUUCCUGCUUAUGGAACCUGAUACCAUCAUCCUCUAAAAGACAAUUUUACAUUUACAUCCAGUACCAGCUGCAGAGAAACCUUCUUAGCGCUAACAGUGGGCCUAGUCACAUCUUUCAGAUUGUGAUGUCAAACGUUGAUCCAAGAUGUAAAUAACGUGUUGUUAUGACCUAAGGUAUCGCUGAGACAUUACUGGUUGUAACAGGGCCUCUGUUGGCAACGAUAUGUGGCCUGUACAGGUGUUCUGUAAGAAAGCUGAGAUGACAAUUAAGAUAUUGCCAAUUUGACAUUCCCACCAUGAACAAAAACACGUCUCACUGUUAAAAACAUUCUUGAUUUGACAUUCCACUAAUGAAAAAAAAAAGAUAUUUCACUUUAACACUUUUAAAACAUAAUUUUUAUAUUUUCCAAUUUUGUUCAAUCGUAACAAUAUAUCAGGGGUUUUUUCAUAUUUUUCUGCUAUUUUCAUAGCAGGGUUGGGUUUCCAUUUUUUGUAAUGCUCAACAUCUCCAGUCAUGACAUGGACAGUAAAUCAGUAUGUAAUAACUAAUAUUCCCAAUUCGUCACAAGGAAUAUCAAAUCAGUGAACAAAAGGAAUUCUACAAAAAAAAUCUUCAUAUAUCAUGCUAUUUAAUCAAAUAUACUCAGCAAUAACAAACUAAAAUCAUAGAUUAUUCCAAUGGUUAUUCACUUUUGUAAUCCAAUCUUGCACUUUGUAACAAAAUUUGUAGAUAGAGCUACAUAUAUAUUUAUUUUUUUAAUAAUAGACAGUGUAUAUUAAUGGCACAUAUUAUUUAUGAGUUUAUGUAGAUUAUUAGUAUUAUUAUCUCAAUUUUUGUUAUAUUAUAUAGUAGACCUUGCAGAUAUGAUUUGAGUCACUGUUGUGCUGAAAAUCUCAUUGACUUCUGAAACCCUGUGACAUUUGAUUUUAUCAGCCGGCAAUUCUGUUACUUUUCAAAUUAAGUAUUUUCUCCAUAGGGAUUCGUUACAGUAUUUGAUCCCCGGCAUCACACUUUCGCUAACCCUUUUUCAGUAAUUCUUUGUAUUCAUAUAUAGAAUAACAUUUUCAAUUAUUUGUUUGUGGAGAUGAUACUCUUCCUGGCUUGAUAAUUUUGAAAUUUUCCUCGAGAAAUUCUUCAAUUUUUUCCCCCAUUUGUAAUUUAAAGUUUGUCAGAAAGUGUUCUUCCAGUAUGUGAAUGGUUUAAAUCAUUCAAUAAAAAAAUAAUUUGUGUUAAAAGAAACACAAAAUGAUGAGUACCUAUUAAUUAUUAUUUGAAAGUCAUGUUUUUUGUGUACUCUUUAAAAAAAAAAAGAUAAAUUGUGGAACAACUACUAAAUCGAUAUUGUGUACUUGAUCAAUGUUAUUUCAAUUAUUAAUUUUGUUGCCAUAUAUGGACUGGAUUUUAUUAAAUUUUUCUAGCCUCUUUAAUGAGAUACCGAUC